ACUAAAUCGGUAGGAACCUUACAUGAGAAAAAGCUGGAGACUGUGAGUCACGAUGGGAAAUAGCGAAUCCAUAGCUGGUGGUCAGACAGCAGUUCCUGCUAAAGAGGACUCUGUAUGGGACAGAAAAUUUAUGAGGGAAUAUCCAUCCGACCUGCAAACACUGCAUGAAUUUAAGACACUCUUGGGUCUGCAGGGUCUGAAUUCAAAGGCCAAUCAACAUGUUGAUCAGAUCAAUACCUUUGACAUGAACAAGGAUGGAUUUAUUGACUUUUUAGAGUUUAUUGCUGCUUUAAAUUUAGUUAUACGAGGAAAAAUGGAGCAAAAAUUAAAAUGGUAUUUUAAACUGUAUGAUGUUGAUGGAAAUGGUUCUAUUGACAAAAAGGAACUACUGAACAUCUUCAUGGCUGUACAAACCCUCAAUGGCCAGCAAACUCUGAGUCCUGAAGAAUUUACUAACUUGGUGUUUCAUAAGAUCGAUAUAAAUAAUGAUGGUAAGGCAAUUACUCUCCUUGGGCUCACUUUUUUUUCUAGGAGAAUUGACUUUAGAAGAAUUUAUCAAUGGCACGGAAAAAGAUCAGGAUCUUCUGGAGAUUGUUUCCAAGAGCUUUGACUUUUCCAAUGUACUGAAAGUAAUCUAUAA